AAGCUGUUAGAGUAGCACCGAGGGACGAGUAGGGAUUUACCAAUACCAGUUGCUCCAAUUGCUGGAGCACAGGACUAGAAAUAAUAAUCCUGAGGUGGUGGUGUAGCUCUUGCAGUGAGUUUGCUGCCUGAAGUCAGACGAGUGACCUUGUUCUGCAUCCAUCUGCUCAUCAGUGGAUCCUCUUGACCUCUGGAGAAGGGUUUCCACUGUAUUCUCAUCAGACACUGCGAUGGGCCCUUCCCAGCUCAGCCUCGAGAUGCUGGUAUAGCAGCAGGCAGCUGCAAUCCAGAGGACCUGCGGUGGGACAUUAUUUCCUGCUGGGACACCCUUCACCCCCUCUCUCUCAGCAGAAGCCAUGGAUGCCCACGUGGACCUCCUGACAGAGCUGCAGCUGCUGGAUAAGGUGCCCACGCUGGAGAGGCUGCGGGCAGCCCAGAAGCGGAGGGCUCAGCAGCUGAAGAAAUGGGCGCAGUAUGAGAAGGAGAUGCAGCACAAGAAGCGGAAGCAUGAAAAGAAGAGAAAUGCUGUUAACCGAAAGAAAGUGUCUUUUGAAGCCAGUGUUGCUCUGCUGGAGGCUUCUCUGAGGAACGACUUGGAGGAAGUGUGCUACUUGCUGAAGAGCAACAUCAGCCCAGACCUGUGCAAUGAAGAUGGAUUAACUGCACUGCAUCAGUGCUGCAUAGACAACUACGAAGAGAUAGUAAAGAUUCUCCUUAACCACGGGGCCAACGUCAACGCGAAGGACAACGAGCUGUGGACUCCAUUGCAUGCAGCAGCUACGUGUGGUCAUAUCAACCUGGUGAAGAUCCUCAUCCAGCAUGGAGCAGACUUGUUGGCAGUAAACGCAGAUGGCAACAUGCCGUAUGACCUCUGCGAAGAUGAGCCAACUCUGGAUGUCAUUGAGACUUGCAUGGCCUAUCAAGGAAUUACGCAGGAAAGGAUCAAUGAGAUGCGGGCUGCUCCAGAGCAGGUCAUGAUCUGUGACAUUCAUGACAUACUUGCAACUGGACAAGACCUGAACAGGACUGAUGCCCAAGGUGCUACGCUGCUGCAUAUAGCUGCAGCCAAUGGUUAUCUGCAUGCAGCUGAAGUCCUCCUUGACCAGGGGGCAAGCCUGGAUGUUAAGGACUGGGAUGGCUGGGAACCUCUUCAUGCUGCUGCUUUCUGGGGACAGAUGCAGAUGGCUGAGUUGCUUGUGUCCCAUGGGGCUAGUUUGAGUGCCAGGACAUCUUUGGAUGAGAUGCCAAUAGAUCUGUGUGAAGAGGAGGAAUUCAAAGUAUUACUUCUGGAGUUGAAACACAAACACGACGUGAUUAUGAAGUCUCAGAUGAGGCAUAAAUCCUCCCUGAGUCGAAGGACCUCCAGCACUGGCAGCAGGGGGAAGGUGGUGAGGAGGGCCAGCCUUUCGGACCGAACAAACCUCUACAGGAAGGAGUGCGAGAAAGAAGCCAUUGUCUGGCAGCAACUGGGGGCGGCAGAAGAAGGAAGAAACUCGGGUCUCAUUGGAGAAAUUGGGGAGACUCGGUCUGACCAGGAGAAUACAGACCCUAAUUCAGUGCUGGAGAACUCUUCCCUCCUUCCGGAGUUAGCAAACAAAAGCACCCAGUGUGACUCUGAAAUCCCCCUCCAGAAUGGACUCAUGGCAUCUGCCAGCACUUACCAGUACACGUUUUCCAACGGGGACAUUUGGAGUAUGCACGCUGACCCUGACAGUAACCCAGGCCACAUGCUGCCCUAUAGCAACCCCGGGCUCCCCGACACGCAGCAGUUCUGGGGUGCCUACAAAGAGCAUAACCAUCAAACGCUCUCCGAACUUAAGCGGCAGCGGGCUGCAGCCAAACUCCUCAAUCACCCUUUCCUCAGCACCCACUUCAGCAGUGGCAUGGGAGGGGUUGCCGAGAACGGGGGUGAGGCCAAGUCGCACCUAAUCGGAUCCAGGACUUCUCCCUACAGCUCCAAUGGGACCUCAGUGUAUUACACAGUGUCCAGUGGUGAUCCACCCCUCUUGAAAUUCAAAGCUCCCAUGGAGGAAAUGGAAGAGAAGGUGCACGGGUGCUGCAGAAUUUCCUAGUCUCAUCUGUUUCUCACCCCAGCGGAAACAAGACGUGGGUGGGCUGGUUGGAUCUAUCGCAGCGGCCGGGUUGUUUGAGUUCCAAAGGGAGAAUCUGGUCAUGGACAUCCUGACUGUGGCGGCCUCGUUCAUCUUGAAUUGUACUUUGCCCUGCCAAUUACUUCCGUUGCAGUUGAAUGAGUAAUGCAGGUGGAGCAAGGCUCUUAGGAGAGGAAGGGAUGUGCAUCAGUAUGAUGUAAAAAGAGUCACCCUAGUCUUACUCCCUGGGAAAGAAGGUUUGGGUGCGCUGCCUCCCCAUCCUUGGGAAGUCAUGAGAUGCCUUGGAACAAAGAAAGGAUCUGAAUUGAAAUCUUUGCAUCUGAGCCUCUUGCUGUAAGUCACCGAGCUUCUGGAAGGUGACAGUUCAGACCUGAAUUUUCACUCUUGGGUGAUGCACGUAUCCUGGAGGGGAGAUCAACCCCCACACGGGGUUUGCAAGAGCGGACACAGCUGUUUUCCCUACAGCUGGAUACAGCACUUACAGGGCCCGAGCAACAAGCAAGCGUAGAUGCUGCGCUUGCUUUAGGAAGUUUGCAAGGUGUUAUCUCCUUGCAGCGACAGCUCGCCAUCAAAAACUCCGCACUGGCUGGGUCCUGUUCUGCUCAUGUAAACUUGUUGCUGCAGACUGCCAUCAGGUUUUAAGCAGAACUUUUCCUGGAACAGGCUUCACUCAAUAGGCUUUAAAACUGAUGUUGCAAUAAGGGGCCCUGGCAAUAGAAUUUUACUGCAAUAAAAUACUGACAAAGGUCUAUAUUGGGAUAAGUAAUUUAAAGAAAAAACUUAUUUGUACUAUUUAGACUCUUAAUUUGUUAAAACUGAAAAGACUUUUGCUGAUCUCA